GAUAUUAUUAUUCCAUUUACUAACGAUCAUGGGGUAGAUAGACGCUGCUAAAUGAUUAAGAAAUGCUUUUGAGAUUAUUGGCGAUUCCGCGUUGUAUUAUAGAUUCAGAAAUACAGAAAAAGAUACAAUCACGUUCUCAUACAUGUGUGUUUUUGGAGUUAUCAACAAAAUCUAAUAUACAAUUUUCAAAGAAGACUUAACAAAAUUGUAGUAGGCAUAGAACUUUAGCAGGUGAAGGAUUUGAAUCAUUGAUACAAUAAUAUUGUGACAGAGCAAAAAAUUCACACCAAUAAAUAUCAUUACCAAUGUUUAAACUGAGUUCUUUCUUUGAAUUUGUUUUGUUUACGCUCAUAUAAUAAAAAGUCGUUAGAAGUAGAUAUAAAAAAAAAAGAGCGGCAAGCUGUUAGUGGGGUCUCAAACAAAUAAUACUAUCUGCUUGAAAAGAGAGAGUGAUGACAACGUGAGGAGGAUCUCUUUUCAAUUUAGCAAAUAUCAAAAGAGGUCGACCGAUUCAAAUUCUUAUUAGCAUUUUAAUUUCCAAGAAAGUCGCACAUAACCAUUAAAGGUUUUAAGUUGAACUUCGAGAUCAACUUCUUCUCCCGUUUACAGGCUAUAGAAAGUUCCAUUUCAAUCCAGUUAAUUUUAAGUGUUUUUGACUUUGAGAUCCGUUUCAAUCUGUGAUCUUUCAUCUGAUUAGAAAGAGAAGAAGAGAUGGUCAAGAAAGCGAAAUGGCUGAAGAACGUUAAGAAGGCUUUUAGCCAAGAUUUAAAGAAACUGAAACAUAAAUCGGUUGAGUAUCAAAAUAGUGAGAUCUCUUAUCCUGUAUUGGUAGCUUCAUCCAGAAGUUCUCCUCCUCAGUUUGAGGUCAGAGUUGAUAAGGUCAAACGUAAGAAGAAUCUCUUCCCUCCUCCUCCUCCUCCCCCUCCUCCUCCAGAAGAAGAAGAAGAAGAAGAUGUUAUUGUAGAUUCGCCUCGAUCUUCUCCUGAGUUUGUUCCUCAAGCAGCUAAACCUACCAGGUUUCCAGGGGAAGACGCAGCUGCCAUCUUUAUCCAGUCUAUAUUUAGAGGACAUUUGGCAAGAAGAGAGUCCCAGGGGAUGAGGAGGUUGGCCAGGCUUAAGUUACUGAUGGAAGGAUCAGUUGUACAGCGGCAAGCUGCACAUACACUUAAAUGUAUGCAGACUCUCACUCGCUUGCAGUCACAGAUCCGGUCUAGGAGAAUCAGGAUGUCAGAAGAGAACCAGGCUCGCCAUAAGCAACUUCUUCAUAAACAUGCCAAAGAGCUAGGAGGCUUGAAGAGUGGGGGUAAUUGGAAUGAUAGCAAUCAGUCCAAGGAACAAAUCGAAGCAGGUUUGUUGAAUAAGUAUGAGGCGACGAUGAGAAGAGAAAGGGCACUAGCCUAUGCAUUCACACAUCAGCAACACUUGAAGGGCAACAUGAGAUCUGGAAACCCGAUGUUCAUGGAUCCUAGCAACCCGACUUGGGGUUGGAGCUGGUUGGAAAGGUGGAUGGCUGACAAGCCAUGGGAGAGCUCGGAGAAAGAACAAACCAAGAACGAAAAGUCAUCGGUUAAGACCUCGACCAGCCGUAACUCCCAUGGAGUAGAAACAACAAAACCUUCAAACCGUAAAAAACUCACUAGCUUGACUCAACCCAAUGUGCCAUCAUCAUCAUCAUCAUUAUCCACCAGUAGAAACCCGAGAAAGACCAAACCAACACCAUCGUCUAUAAAAUCCAAGACCACAGAUGAAAUCACCAAGAGCUCGGACCGUAAACACAGCAUCGCAAGGUCAGCGGUUAGUGAUGACGAGGGCUUAGCUAGCUCAACAUCUAGACGUCGCAACACGGUUCCCGCAAAACCAACACGAGGGAAGCAAAAGGCACAGAGCUCAUCAGGCGUCUCUGCUGCCAACACGGCAACCACAGAGGAAAAUAAUGAGAAAGCACCAAUAAAGAAACGGGUUUCUACUGCACCCAAACCAAGAAAAUCCUCAGCCCCGCCCAACAGCAUUCUAAAGAAGGUGGGAACGCCGAGUGACUAGUUGAGAUACUUCUUUUUUUUGAGCCAAGGAUGAUGUUAUGAGAUUUGUAUCAAGAACUAUAUAUAUGCAAGUGACGCAAAAUGUUGGUUACAAGAAUGUGUCACAAUGAUUAAUUUGUGUAGUGUAAGCCUCUUUCAAUCAAAAGUUCAUAACCUUUUUCUAAUGUUUUUCAAUACUUUUUGAUUAUUAACCCCAAUCUCUUAACUGAGUUCUUAGCUUCGUCUAAGAGACGGUUCUUAGCUUUUCUUAGAUUUAAACUAAGAAAAACUAAAAAUUGUUUCUUAAAUAAAAGAUAUAAAAACUGUCUAAUAGACAAAAAAUGUAAAAAAGAAAAAAGUCAAAU